AUGCUCGUGGUCGAAGCAAACGAAGGAAAACUGGUCACCGCCCUCGUAAAAAUUGGUGACCAAGUAGAGGCAGCUCAGCAUCUGGAAGGCGAUCCUCAUCUGAGCCAUAAACGGCUUGCCCUUGACAAGGCCAAGGUGAGCCUCUCACUGAAGGCACUCUUGAAAUGCAGUCGGUCCCUAAACGCCAAACUCUUAUUCACGACCUCGCCACAUAUGCCUCCAAGUGUACUGCAACGAUGCCCAGUCCCCAUCCAUUCCGCAUAUCAGUGCCCCGAUCUCCACCCUCCUCCCACCGAUCCACCAUGUCAGAGUCGUAGCACCCGCCGUCCGCGCGGUGGGUGCUCUGCUCGCCGCACCACGCCAGGCGCCCGUCGCAGGGCUCAGUCGAAGCCGUGGCGCGACGUGCGCACAGAGUACGACCAGAGCUAUUUCUUGGGCUCGGGCAACUCUUGCCUCAACCGCACCGUCACCAACCAGGUCUGCCCCUCCUUCUUCGUCUUCGACAACGACUGUUAA